CAGAAUAAAAAUUUAUAGGAGUAUAUGUACACAUAAUUACCAAGUGCAACACUAUUUACUGAAUAUAAAGUCAUAUAUUAAUUAUCAGUUCAUCGACAGAAUAUUAAAGAAAACAAAACUCAAGAGUUGACGAAAAUGACAGACUCAAUGAAAUUCGGACCCGAGUGGUUGCGCAAUAUGUCGGCGGAGCCCUCAAACGUUGGAACUAGUAAUCUAUCUGCCACUGCGGGCGGCGGGAUAAACAGUGGCCUUACAUUACACAGCCUCGGUGGUGGCGUCGGUGGUAGUGGUAGUGGCGGAGGAGGCGUUGUCGGUGGAGUCAAUAUGCUGGCCAAUCCAAGCCAUACAGCUGCCAAUCGUAAUAUGUUUCCGGAGUACCGUUACGGUCGGGAGGAGAUGUUAUCAUUAUUCGAUCGAAAUUGCCUGCUGCCCCAGAUUCUGCCAUCGUUCAAAAAGCUGUUUAUUGAAAAAGUUCAGUUUCCGCUUGCUCUAACGCCGAGCUCUGAAGAGGAAAUAAACAGUCAAAACCAGCUGGGCAGUAGUUCACGCCCUGCCUGGUUACAGCGCUCGCCGGGUGGGUUUGGAAUACCGUCUCGAGGCUCUGGUCGAAGUGGAACCGUUGAUCGUGGUCGGAUGCGUGGUAAAUCUGUUUAUCACUCAAUAUACCAGAGACCGAGCGCCAUAUACGAUGACAGUCUCUCGGCUAUAUCAAUGAAGCCUGAUCGAAACUGGAGCGAACGUAAUGGUACUGGGGAUUCGUCAGCUAUCGGUGCCCCCGGUGGGGGCAGUGGCAGUGGCAGCGGUGUUGCCGGGGGCCCCGGUGUAGAUUGGAAUGGUACACCGAGCUCUAGUCCACGGAAGGACUUCUCAAGCCAAAGCCGCAACAUGGAAAACUGGCGCAGAAAUCGCAACGAAGAUGGUUCUGGAGACGGCCCAAAUACAGGCGGAGCAGUUGGUUCGGAAGUUGCUGGAUGGCGCAGUGGGGGCGCCCACCGGUGGGGACGUUCAACCAGCUGGCGCGACGAGGAGUCAAUGCAGUGUGGGAAUUUGGAUGGCAAUAAUUUCAUUGGAAAUCCGACCAUAGCUAAUAUACAACGAUCUAUUUCCGUAAUUGGAACUGUGACUAAUGAACGACCGGUCGUCGGUAAAUCGCAGAUUGGAUCAGCUGGAUCAGGUGGACCAAACACAAAUCGUUCUAUGAGCUCCAAAGCAAAUCAAUCGUGGCCUGGAAGCGGUUGCUCUGCUAAUCCCGAUGGUGAGGAUAACUUGCCGGAAUGGGCAAUGGAGAAUCCAUCGGAAAUGGGUGGCACAUUUGAUUCGACUGGUGCUUUCCAUGGCGAAUUGGUGGAUGCCGAGCCUGGUAAGGCAAAUAGUGGAACGCCACAUAAAGGAGACUUGGACACAAAUGAUUCCAAUAGCUUCGCAACAGCUACCUCGAUCAAAAGUGACCAAUCAAUUCGAACUCAAAUCGAACAGUCAAGUGUAACGGGCAUUGAAUCGCAUUCCUCAAGCUCAACAACAAAUAUUACGGCCACUAAUGUAAUCGAAACUGUAAUUGGCAACAACAACAACAGUAUUAAGAACGAACAGAAUGAAAGAUCGGAAACAGCCGAAUCAACACCCACGCACAAAGCGGAGGCAGUUGGCCAUGGCGAUAUUUCCGAACGCUUUAAAGAGGUGGCCGAUGAGGUUGUGAAACUAAUUAUGGAUGAUGAUGGUGGUGCCACUAUCAAUAGCAAAACAAGUAUUGGAGCCAGUAGUAAUAGAUAUGGAAUGCCUGGUUCGGCUGUGGAUCCUGGUCUAUUGCAGCAUCAGCUCAUGGCACCUGAUGCGGCAGCGACUACAAUGCAUGGCACAGAAUUAUCCCAUAAAGCAUUCAACGAUCAACUAGGCAUACAACAACAGCAGCAGCAUCAUUUGCAACAGCACCAUUUACCCGUGCUGCCGCAUGUGAUGAAUGCUAAUCCAAACGAAUUGUGGUUCUAUCGCGAUCCUCAGUCAAAUGUACAGGGACCGUUUAGUGCCAUUGAGAUGACUGAAUGGUAUCGUGCCGGCUACUUUAAUGAGAAUCUAUUUGUACGCCGCAUUUCAGACAGUCGUUUCAGACCACUUGGUGACCUGAUUAAGCUUUGUCAUGGCAAUAUGCCGUUUACGCACAACCAUCUCCUACCUACGCCCAUUGACUUGGAUAAUCUACAAAUUAAUCUGACGCCCCGAAAGCCCUCGGCGCAUGCAUUGCCCCUUUCACUCAACGAACAUCAUCAACAGCAGCAGCAUCAUCAUCGUCCUGGCAUUGAUGAGCAAUUGAAAGCAAAUGUUACGGCAGCUGCAGAUUCUUUGAGUGCAGCUGUUAAAGGACAUAUGAGCGCACACACAAUGGACACAUCCCACAUGCUAACCAUGCGCUUCCAAAUGCUGCAAGAUCAGUACUUGCAACACCAGGAGUAUCAGAUACUAUCGGAGCUAUCGAAAAGCGAUUGCUUUCAGCGUAUGGAUCCCGCGCAACGUGAAGCCGUUGUCCGUAGCAAGGUUCAGAUGUUGGUACUGCCAGAAUAUCUGAGUAGUUUUAGUGGUUUAAGCAAUUCGCUGGCAGCCUUAAAUCCUAUUGCCGGUAGCCAAUUGUAUGAUGCAAUUGCCCAGCAGGCCAAGAAGGAUCCACAGAAGAUUUAUCCGGUCAGCGCUGAACAGCGACCAGAGGGCAACUUCUUGGAUGCUGCCAAUGAUUUUAUAUUGAAUGCACAAUUAAUGCAUCAACAAACUCAAGGACAAAAUCCAGAGCCAGCUAAUAUCGAACAAGUCCAGCAUCAAUUUGGCACUGAUUCGGAUGUAAACAAAUUGAAUGAACUGCACGCUAACGAUCUGGAUAUUUUAAACGAAUACAACUUGCGAAUGUUGCUGAGAGGACCGUCAUCAGCCGCAGCCGUCAGUCAACAGCAUCAACAACAGUCGGCUCCAUUAAUCAAACCCAGCUCCACUGUAGAUUUUAUAACCGAGUCGCAGCUUUUGGCCCAAAAUCUUAUGAUGCCCAUAUGGCCACAGCAGCAGCAGCAGACCAGCCAGUCGUCGUGGCCUGUCAUGCAGAAUGCGAAGGUCACCUUGUGGGACGUUGCUACAUUGGAGGAGGAACAAAGUCAGAAGCUAUUGCUGCUGCAACAGCAGCAACAAAAGCAAUAUCUUUCCAGACCAGAUGGCAGCAACACCGGCACAGCUGCUGCACAUUUGGAUUUCGAUGCAGCGCAACAGCAGCAGCACCAGGGCAGUGACAAUCAGUGCAACCCAAAAGUUGAGCAGCCAGUACCACUUCAAGAGCAACCAACAGCACUGGACAACAUCAAUACACACAACAAGGAUCAACUUUCAGUCCAAGGAAUUGCUGGCAAGCCACAACAAGUCAACAAGCAACAACAACAACAGACGGCAAGUCAAAAGCAUGGAAAACAGCCAGAGCUGAAAAUAAGCGACGACGAGCGCCGUCGAGAGCAGGUCGAAGAAAAGCGGCGCAUCAAAGAGGAACGUAAGCGCCAACAGCAAGAGGAAGAGAAGAGACGUGCCUUGUUAGCCGAAGAGGAAAAGAAUAAACAACAACAAGAGGAAAAAGAGCGACAACAGCAAAUACAAGCUCAACGCCGCAAGGCUUUGUUUAGCAAUAAUCCCCAAGCCACGACCGGCACAACAGGUGCUUCUGCUUCUCCAACAGCUGCGACCGGCAAUAAGGCAAGCAGCUUGAAGAUUGAUCAAGGAAAUCGUUCAUCGCUUGCUACUUCAAUUGCCCCAUGGUCGUUACAGACACCAAGCGUGAACAAUGCCGCACCAGGAUUGGCCGAAAUUCAGAAGGCUGAACGUCGGGAACGUCGGGCAGAUCAACAACGGCAGCAGGAGCAACUGGAUAGGCAAAUGCGUGCCACAGCUGCCGCAGCAGCCGAGGCUAAUGAUGCGUUGCUCAAAUGGCAGGCAUCGCCGGCACCUGCGCCCGUAAUGAGCCUGGUUGACAUACAGGCCGAGGAGGCCAAGCGUCUGAACAAUGAAAUGCUUGAUCAACAGCGUCGUCGCGAUCACGAGCAGCAGCAGCAUCUACAUCAAGUGGUGUUAUCUUCUAAUCUGAACGUCUCCGGCGGUGGUGGCCUCUCCAACAUAUGGGGAAAUACCAAAAAGGCGUGGAGUGCAACUGCUAGUCCAGCGCCAAUCGGCACUGGCCUCUGGGAUGAGCCAACGUGCGCUCCACCAGCGGCUGCCAGUACGAAGUAUGUGCCCCCAACUGCCGCUUCGGUACUUGCCGCAGGAUUGCCAGCGACAGUGGCAGCGACCAGCAAACAGCAAUCACAAACACAGCUGAAAUCAACAGCCGGUGGCGUUGCAAUGCCAUCACCUCGAAAUUUGCGCAAGAGCCAAACAUUGCCGACUAUGCAGAAUGUAUUAUCAAAGAAUGUCAGAACUGCAACUGGGCAGAGCACACAGCAGGAGAAAAAUAGUAAAACGGCUUCAAGUAAAACAACGAUCAAAGUAUCGGUUGGUGAGGAGAGAAAGUCGAUUGUCAAGGCCAGUGCACAGCAGCAGAGUGGCGAUGCCACAAAUAGCAAAGUGAACGAGUAUGAGAACGAGUUUACAUCCUGGUGCAUGAAAAACCUGGACAACAUGUCUGCUAAAGUCGAUGUGCCAACAUUUGUUUCCUUUUUGCAAGACCUGGAAGCGCCUUAUGAAGUCAAGGAUUAUGUACGCAUAUAUCUAGGUGAAGGCAAAGAGUCGACAGAAUUUGCAAAACAAUUUUUGGAGCGACGUAGCAAAUACAAGAGCCUGCAGCGUGCGCAAAACGCGCAUAACGACGAUAUGUGCAAGCCUGCUCCGGCUAUAACGCCGUCGUGCAAUGAUAAUGGAGAUAACAAGAACAAACAAAAGAAAAUUAAAAAAAAUAAAAUGACCAAAAUGGAUGCUCGCAUUCUUGGUUUCUCGGUAACUGCUGCGGAGGGUCGCAUUAAUGUUGGAGGUCGCGAUUAUGUUGAUGGCCCGUAACCUUGAGAAGAACGAGAAGAACAGCUCCUUACAUUAAAAAGAACGAGAAAAGUUAUUAGCUAUAGAAUUGACAUUGAAUUUGAAUUGAAAAACAGGUCACAAUUGGAUGUGGUAAUAAAUCUGUUAUA